AUCCCAUCACACUUUCCCCUCCCCCCGUCGCCCACUUCACAGCCCAACUACCACUCCGCCUCCACUGCGGCUGCGAGCGAGACGGGAGCGCCGUCGACAGCCUAGGGUUUCCUCUCCUCCCCCCGCGCUCCCAUGGCCGUCCCCGAACUGGUGCUCGAGGUCCUCCCCCAGCCGCCGCCGCGGGAGCCGGCGGUCGCGCUCCGGGACCUCGCCGUGCCAAGACUGGUCCAGUACCUGUACCUCGCGAGCACGUGGGUCGGCUGCGCGGGCGUGGCCGCCUCGACGGUCGCGCGCCGGGCCCUGGGCGAGGGCUCCCCGGUGCCCUACGCGUUCCUCAAGGUCUCGAUCGGAUCCCUCGUGGUCCCCGCGCUGGUCAUCGUCGUCCUCACCCUGCAGCUCUUGCGCGCCAUGUGUGCGGCGGGGUUCAGAUCGUCGCUCCGCAACUCGGCCAAGGAGAUCCAGUUCCAGAUCCAAUCCAGGAAGAUGUUUGGAGGGUUAACAUGGAAGGUGCUGCGGAACCCUGUGCUCGUGAUGCUCGCGACUUUCCUUUUGCUCCUGCUGCUUGGAGCAGGUGCUCUGGUGCUUGGGGGGCUGUUACCGGUGGAGGAAUCUCAGAGGGAAAAGAUUGGUUAUGCACUCUUUGAUACGGGGGUACUGGGUACCAUGGCAAUGUUUUGCUUUGUCAUCAUACCCAGUUUUGCGCUGAAGGUCUGGAGGAGCAAGUAGGGUGGCAGAAGGCAAUGCCACACAUCAUUGCGAUAUAUGAGGUAUCCAACAGUUGCCCUAGCUAUCUUUUGUUCAUGUGUCAUAUAAGUAUAUAACCUUUUCUAUAAUGACUUAAUGAACGUGCUCAAUUGAUCCUUUGUAAGUAGUUAUGCAUUCUUCUCUUUUAAGCGUAUCAACAGUUCCUUUGGUGCCAGUAUCAUUAUCCAGAACUGUGAAGCCUGCUAGCAUGGGUAGUUAUUGAGCUAUAGAUUGUUUGCAUUAGCAUAAACCUGCUAAAGGCUGAAAAUUGUUUGCAAGUACCUUUGUUGGGAAAUAAGCUGUGGCAUCGACAAUUUCACCAUUGAA